AUGGUUCAGACUACCACCCACCUCGGUGGCGACCACAGGAUUCAGUUCAUCCCAACCGUGAAGCCAGAAAGGGAACCCAGGGCCGGUGCCAGAGAUGAUGGCUCAGCGUUUGUUCCUCCGUCGCGGCGAUCUCAAUCCGUGGGCUCCCUCACACAGCGACGACAAUCUGGUGUUUCUCUUCCUCCCGUGAUCUCUGAAAAGCAGAAGGCUCGUCGUGAGCAGGAAAAGGAAGAGGAAAAGAAGCAUGUGGAUAUCAACGAGCAUCUUAUGCCUCACCUGGAAGUGGCCGAGAAGUACCACACAAGAAUCAACAUGGCAAAACCUGGAGAUUCACUGGGCUUGACAUCCGAACAAGCUGCGCAACUGCUUACUGAGUAUGGUCCCAAUAUUUUGACCCCUCCUUCAAAGAGACAUUGGAUCCUCAAGUUUUGGGACUGUUUGAAAUCUCUAUUCAACUUGCUUUUGAUUUUCGCCGGUAUUCUGGAGUACAUUUUGCUUGGUAUCAACUUCCAUGAAAACUUCCAAAAUACUUACCUGGGUGCCAUUCUAAUUGCGGUUGCCUUCAUCAAUGCCUUCAUUGAAUUUUACCAGCAACAAAAGUCUCAAGCACUUUUGGAGUCAUUCCUUAACAUGAUUCCAGCCAAGUGCAUGUGCAUCCGCGAUGGCAAGCUGGCUCAGAUCGAAGCUGCUACUUUGGUACCAGGUGACGUUGUUUAUGUCCACAUGGGCGAUAAGACUGCGGCCGAUCUUCUGGUAUUUUCUGCUUCGGACUGCAAAGUCGACAACUCCUCCUUGACUGGUGAAUCCGAACCGCAGGAACGCACCAAGGACAACGAUAUGAUGAAUCCAUUGGAAGCUUCCAACCUCAUGUUCAAUAGUACCUUGGCGAUCUCUGGUGAAGCUUAUGGAAUCGUUAUUCGCACUGGAGACAGUACAGUCCUUGGCCAAAUUGCAUAUCUAACAGCUGGCGAAGACAAGAUGAUCUCUCCUUUAACACGUGAAAUCGACAAUUUUGUCAAGCUUAUUGCAACCAUCGCCAUCAUUACAGCUCUAGUCUUCUUCGGCGUGGCAUUCCCAGUCAACAACAACAAUGUAACCCUAGCAAUCAAUUUCGCAAUCGGAAUUUUUGUUGCUUGGGUGCCUGAAGGCCUCCCUGCCACAGUCACGAUGCUCUUGACUAUUGCUGCAAAGAGAAUGGCUACUCAGAAUGUCUUGGUCAAAGAUUUGAAGGGCGUGGAAACUUUGGGUGCUAUCACGCUCCUGGCUACCGACAAGACCGGCACUUUGACAAGGAACCAGAUGACCACGACCAAUAUUUGGACCUGUGGCGAGCUUUACGAAGCCUCUGAUCGUGCUGGUGCCGAAAAAGACAUAGCCACCAUAGACCAUGCGGGUGUGCUCGAAAUUCUGCUUAUCUCUGCCCUCUGUUCUAAAGCAAAAUUCGAUCGGGUUGACGUUCCUAUGAAGGAGCGACAGAUUAUGGGGGAUGCCACCGAAACAGGACUUAUUCGCUACGCCGCCGGACAGCUGAGAGACUACGACAACCUCGCCAACCUUUACCCGAAAGUCUUCGAACUCCCUUUCAACUCCGAAACCAAAUGGCAUAUGAGCAUCCACAAAAAGCCGCACGCCAACGGCUACCUCACCCUGUUCAUCAAAGGCGCCCCGGAACGUGUCUGGAAGCUCUGCAACCGCAUGCUUACCGGCACGGAUGGCGAAUGCGCUCCCAUGUCUCUCGCCUACAAAACCGCCUACGAUGAGACUUACGAGCACAUGGCGUCUCGUGGCCAUCGUGUGCUCGGCUUUGCUGAGAUGCUUUUGCCGGGCGAUAAGUAUCCCGAGGACUUUGUCUUUGACAAGAAGGAGAAGAACUAUCCAUUGGGUGACUUCAUUUUCGUUGGACUUGCAAGUUUGCAGGAUCCGCCGAAACAUGGAGUCAGAGAGGCGAUUGGGAAGUGCAGAGCUGCUGGGAUCAAGGUGAUUAUGGUUACUGGUGAUCAUCCUUUAACUGCUGAAGCUAUUGGCCGCAAAAUCAACUUGAUGCUCAGCGAAACCAAGGCCAUGGUAGCUAAGCGAAGAGGUAAGCCCAUUGAGGAGAUCCAGGAAAACGAAUUCAAGGCCAUUGUGGUUCAUGGCGAGCAAGUUGACACUUUAACCGACACUGAAUGGGACAACAUCUUUUGGAAGGAUGAGAUUAUCUUUGCUCGUACAUCCCCCAAGCACAAGCUGGAAAUUGUCCGCCGAGGGCAGUCAAUGGGCCAUAUUGUCGGCGUAACUGGUGACGGUGUCAACGAUUCGCCCGCUUUGAAGAAGGCUGAUCUGGGUAUUGCCAUGAACAUCUCCGGCUCCGAUGUCUCCAAAGAAGCAGCUUCCAUGAUCCUAUUGGACGACAACUUCGCAAGCACCGUGCGUGGUAUCGAAGAAGGGCGUCUCAUCUUCAUCAACCUCAAAAAGUCGAUCCAGUACACCAUCACCCACAUCUUUCCCGAGGUUGUCCCCAAUUUACUCUACGUCAUUGUGCCCAUUCCACUUCCUCUCUCAGCCAUCUUGAUUCUAGUUAUUGAUCUUGGCUUCGAACUUAUCGCUGCUUUGUCUUUUGCUUGGGAUCCACCUGAGACUGAAGAUGGCCUGAUGAAAGUACCGCCGCGAAAGCCAGUCACACUAGAAACCUGCAAUAUCUUCCGUGCUCGCGCUCUACGCCAAAAUAGAUCACGUUUCGAUGAAGAGGCAGGUCUCAUCGUCCCUCUUGAAGAUCAAUCCAAAAUCCAGCAAUGGAUCUGGGGCAUUCGACAGUUUUUCACAAAGUCUUAUUGGGCGGACAAGUUUGAGAAUACAGGCGCUGAAGUGCUGGUCGAUGGCCCCGUCCUCUCCUGGGCUUACCUCGAAAUCGGUGUUAUCGAAUCGAUUGGGUCUUUGGUGGCAUUCUUCGUGGUUAUGAAUAAGCGUGGCAUUACUCCUUACGAUGCACAUAUCAUGCAGAAGGGCAACGGACCUCCAACGAACUAUUUCAAUAGCGAUGCGCAGACGUAUAAUGGUAUCGAUGGCCGCACCCAAGCUGAUAUCUUGGCUGAAGCGCAGUCGAUGUACUACUGGUCCAUAAUGACCAUGCAAAUGUUCAACCUCUUCGCCUGCAAGACCCGCUUCACUCUCCCAUUCGGCAAAUACAUGUUCGCGAACCGCGCGACCUUCUACUGCAUCCUGGCCGGCGCCUCGCUCGCUGCAUUCGUCAUCUACACGCCUGGCGUCGAAGUCGUGUUCAAGACUUCGAGAUCUUUGAGUCCCCUGUAUUGGUUGAUCCCGAUGGCGUUUGGGUUUGUGGUUAUUGCGUAUGCGAGUCUGAGGUUGAUCGUCAGGAGGAGAGUAAAGCCGAUUAAGUGGAAUCCGGAUAUUCAAGGAUUGCAGAUGUACCCUACGAUUCGCACUUUUAGGAGUAUGUCGAGGAGGAGUAGUAGGAGUCUUUGA